GCCCAAAUGCCCAUCCCUGGGUGAACUGCAGGACACUAUGGUAUAUUAAUAAACUAGGAUACAUUUUUAUUAGUACAUUUUAUUAUUUUUAUUCAGAUUACAUUAUUAGGAUAAGAAGCACUACGGAAGUGCUGGGUGAAAAUAUAGAACUCAGAAUGAUAUGACGAGAGUGCAAUGCCUGGUUUAGAACACGGACAGUUGUUUUGUUUCUAACAUGAAAUUUUUUAUUAACUCUUAAAAUUUAGAUCUGUUUAACUUUAUGCUCGGAUGGUUAAAUAUGUAAAAGGAAAGAAAAGAAUGACUUGUUAAAAUUUGCAUGAUUAUUUUAAACAUGGGAAGCUAUACACAAGAUGUAUAUUUCAUGCCAGUGUCACUUCUAUCAUACAUUUGGGGUGUGUAUGUAUGUGUGUGGUGGUGGGAAAUCUCCCAGUGUGAGAGAAGUCUGGGAUGGGCACAGUGGGGGAGGCCCCUCCUGUCCCAUUCAUAACACGUUCAUUCACUGGGAGCCGGCUAAGACCGACUAAUCUCUCACGCAGUCAUUCCCUCUACCCUAAUAAAGAUCCACCACCUCUCCUAGAACUCGGUAAGUCCGAAGUGCAGUCAAAAUGCAUGUUUCCCAGAAAUAAUCUGAAAUGUUUUGUAGAUAGUUUACUGGAGGGUGAAGAAGGGAGGGGGUGGAAGCGGCAAUUUUCAGACAUCGCUUUCUUUUCGUCUUCGCGCAGGGUUUCAAAAAGAUUUAAAACGACUUUUCAGACAGUAAUUGAUUUUCUCAGAGGGCCUCUCUCAGGCUGAUGUGGGAAGGGGAAUUCGUAGAUGCGUUUGCAGCAGCGGUCUCUGCUUCUGUGCCCAGGUCCGAGGGACGCUGCUCUCCUGGCCCUGCCACCACUGAAGCGCCCAGGCGUCCCGGAAGAUCCGACCUGAGCGCAGACCCCGCGGACCAUGAGUCCUCGGAGGCAGCGAGCGUCGGUCCCGCUGCUGCUGCUGCUGCCGCUGCUGCUGCUGGGCGGCUGCCUCCUCGUGGCCGCCCGGAGAGACAAGGGGGCGGCAGGCAGCGCGGCCCAGCCGGCCCCGGGUCCCGCGGGCGGCUCCUCCGGCCGCUUCGUCAGCCCCGAGCGGCACGCGUGCAGCUGGCAGCUCCUGCUGCCCGCCCCGGGGCCAGCGGCGGGCAGCGAGCUGGCGCUGCGCUGCCAGGACCCGGACGGGACGCGCCACCAGUGCGCCUACCGCGGGGAGCCGGAGCGCUGCGCCGCCUACGCCGCUCGCGGCGCGCACUACUGGAAGCAGGUGCUGGGCGGGCUGCGCAAGAAGCGACGGCCGUGCCAGGACCCCGCUCCGCUCAAGGCUCGCGUGUGCGCGGGCAAGAAAGGCCACGGCGCUGAGCUGCGCCUGGUGCCCCACGCGUCCUCACCCGCGCGCCCCACUGCGGCGGGCUUCCCCCCGGAUCCCAAGCCCCGCGCCAGGAGCCGGGGGCGCCUCCGGGAGCCCGCGCCCGGCCCCUCCGGAGGGGCCCGACUUCCCGCCGGCGCGUCUCCCAGAGGGAAGCCCUCUGAGACCAACGGCGGCAAGAGGAAGGCGGCCUCGGACCCAGACCAGGAGCGACCCCUGGGGACCGGGCCCGAUCCCGACGGGCUGGACGAGAACGCGAAGCUCACGGAGACCUACUGUGCUGAGAAGUGGCACUCCCUCUGCAACUUCUUUGUCAAUUUCUGGAAUGGCUGAGGCUGCCCGCCUGGGGAGGAACCUGGGUGGGGGGAGGUACGCAGCCGGGGAGGAGAAGUUAAGGGCAUCUUAGGCCAGGAGAUAAGGGAUGGAGAGUGGGGAGGAGUCCAGGUUCUAGAAUGGGGCGAGGGGGUGGGAGGGCGUGGGCCUUGGGAUGAGAAUGUAAGGGGUAUGGAGAAUCUCUGAGACAGCAGAGACGUUAAACAUUUUUGAAGAGUCUCAACCCUGAUUAAGAGCAGAAAAAAUAGUGGAAACAGAAGUAGGCAUACCUUAAAUGUGCAAAAAACUGUAGACUGGGGAGAGAGACAGGAGUACAGAGGGAGGCUGGAAAAAACUAAGGGGGGAAAAGUGAGGAGAGUGAUGUAAAUCUCAUGUGGGAAGCAGGAUACAACAUGUACUGUUUAACACAUUUGUAUUAAAAUGUAAUCAGGAUCUAUUGAUACCCUGAGCCAGGUUGAAUUGUUUAGUGACUUCUCACCCAAUCAGCUGACGAGAUUCCCAACUUUUUUUUUUUCUCCCCCUUUUGGAAUUAGUAUGAACUUGGGUACUGCUUCGUGUCAUAGAUGACCUCUAUUGGGAUAGAAGCCAUUCAGAGGUCGAAAUUGCCUCCAAUGAAAAGAUUUUCAGGAUGGUUGCCCUUGAAUUCUUUUAGAUGUGUUACUUUUAAACAGAGGGAUGCCUUAUGUUCUGAAAUUUUCCCAUUAAUCUUCUAAAUUCAGAGGUGGAUUGUAGUGCUCCAGUAGGUUUUAAAAAAGAAUUCUCUUUACAUUUGACCAUAUAUUUUUUAAAAACCUGAAAUUAAGUAUAUAUCUCAGAGUCAUUUGGACCAUCAUGGAAGUUGUAUCUGUUUCAUGUAAUUAAUUGUUAACAUAUUUCAUUUUAAGAUGCGAUGAUAACUUUGCACAUGUUAGGUGCUCAAUAAAGACUGUAUGGAUAACUUGAAAGCGCUGGCCGGGCAAUGGAAAUUCUGACUGCAUUUGAUAUAGUUCUGAGUGUAGCUUGAAGUAAGUUCCCAAACAUCUCUUGAAUGGUAAGGAAAAGACAAGAAGUCUGCAUAAAGCAGGAGUGUCAAACUGGCAAACCUUGGGUUGUAUCAUUGUUCUUUUGGCCUGCAUAUGGUUCUCUCAGUUUUCCUCUCUUCUUCCUCCCUCUCAAUUUGGAGGUGUUGCCAGCAUUUAAAAAUUAAAUAAUUUCAUAUAAAAAUUAAGAUUUCUGAAUUCUCUUGAA